AUGACGGGGGGUUCCAAAUGGAUGUUUGGUUCAUACUCUCUUGCCAAAAUCACCUUCCCUAGCGGCCAAUUUUUACACCGAGGCCGGAGCUUUUUCCCUUGUAAAUUUCCAAACUCGUAUCUAUCUUCACGUAGCAUUAUCCAGAGACACAGCUAGCCCAAUAAAAACCGCCAAGGCCUUUCCAUCCUUCCGUCCGCCCGCCGAAACCCGAGCUUUAGCCCCGCCCUCCAGAGCUCCUCCCAUGGCGAACACCUCAGGUAAGGAUCUCAAAACCCUAGAAAGAAGAAUAGAAAACCUCACCAACCACUUCCGCCCUCUUCCUUCCCCUUAUCGCCCCCCUCGGUUAAGGACCUUUGUAGCUUCAGCGGAUGAUAGCUACCAUCGCAUCCACGGAGAAGUCCCAGUGAAUGAGGCCUCGUGGAGAGCAGUGUGCAAUGAAACCGGAAAGGAAUUUACCGACAUUAUCUACGAGAAAGCUGUUGGAGAGGGGAUUGCUAAGAUUACGAUCAAUCGCCCAGAGAGAAGGAAUGCUUUUAGGCCACAUACUGUUAAAGAGCUUAUUCAUGCAUUUAAUGAUGCUAGGGAUGAUAGCUCUGUGGGAGUCAUCAUUUUAACAGGGAAGGGAACAAAGGCCUUUUGUAGUGGUGGUGACCAGGCACUUAGAAGCUCUGAUGGAUAUGCUGAUUUUGAAAGUUUUGGUCGUCUUAAUGUUUUGGGAUUGCAGGUCCAAAUUCGUCGUCUUCCUAAGCCAGUUAUAGCUAUGGUAGCGGGUUAUGCUGUUGGUGGUGGACAUGUAUUACACAUGGUUUGUGACCUAACAGUUGCAGCAGAUAAUGCAGUUUUUGGGCAGACUGGUCCAAAGGUGGGAAGUUUUGAUGCUGGCUAUGGGUCUUCCAUCAUGUCCCGCUUGGUUGGCCCCAAGAAAGCACGUGAGAUGUGGUUCCUGUCAUGAUUCUACAAUGCUUGUGAAGCAGAGAAAAUGGGACUUGUGAAUGUUGUAGUGCCGCUUGAGAAAUUAGAAAUGGAAACACUGAAGUGGUGCCGCGAGAUCUUAAGGAACAGCCCAACAGCAAUACGGGUGCUUAAAUCUGCUCUUAAUGCAGUAGAUGAUGGCCAUGCUGGUCUCCAGGAGCUGGGUGGCAAUGCGACACUCCUCUUUUAUGGCACAGAAGAGGCAAAUGAAGGAAAAACAGCUUAUAUCGAGCGACGGCGCCCAGACUUCUCAAAGUUUCCCAGGAGACCUUAAUGAAACACUAUAUCAGCUACUGAAUGGGUAAAAGGGAAGCCAAUGGAGGAAGUACUAUCCAUCAAGAACACGGAAAUUGCAAAACAUCUCUCACUUCCACCAGUGAAACUCCACUGCAGUAUGCUCGCCGAAGAUGCUAUCAAGGCUGCCAUAAAGGAUUAUGAAGCAAAGAAAACCAGGAUGGCUCAACAAGAUUCUGAGUCUGUACCAGAUGAGAAGGCAGCUGAUGCUUAAAAGUAAAUUUGAUGUUUGAGAUUGUGUAUUAGUUAUGACAAACAGCUGGUCCUUCUGGCUGUUCCAUAAUAAGAAUGGCUGCUGAUGGGCUUGAGUCUGCCUGUAAAUCUGAAUUUAUUAUCCCGAGGAGUAUUAAGAAUGUGAACCAACUAUAAAGCUAGUUAUGGUUGCCA